AUGGCUAAACCGAGGCUCAUCAUCCUCAUCCGACACGCCCAGUCCGAGGGCAACAAGAAUCGCGAAAUCCACCAGACCAUCCCCGACCACCGAGUAAAGCUCACACAAGACGGCUGGCAACAAGCCUACGACGCCGGACGCCGCCUGCGCAAGCUGCUCCGUGCCGAUGACACCCUUCACUUCUUCACCUCUCCCUAUCGCCGCACCCGCGAGACGACCGAAGGCAUUCUGUCAACUCUGACGUCCGACGAGGAGGACCCCUCGCCCUUUAAGCGCUCCAAUAUCAAGGUUUACGAGGAGCCCCGCCUGCGUGAGCAGGACUUCGGCAACUUCCAGCCCUGCUCUGCCGAGAUGGAGCGCAUGUGGCAGGAGCGCGCCGACUACGGUCACUUCUUCUACCGCAUUCCUAAUGGCGAGAGCGCCGCAGACGCCUACGACAGAGUUAGCGGCUUCAACGAGAGUCUGUGGCGCCAGUUUGGCGAGAACGACUUUGCCAGCGUUUGCGUUUUGGGUGAGUUGCCCGUUCAUGUGUGCAGUGCGCGUGCUAACCGCCCAGUCACCCACGGCCUUAUGUCCCGCGUCUUCCUGAUGAAGUGGUAUCACUUCACCGUCGAGUACUUCGAAGAUCUGCGUAACGUCAACCAUUGCGAGUUCCUCUUGAUGCGCAAGCAGGAAGAGAGUGGCAAAUACAUACUUGAAAACAAACUCCGCACUUGGUCGGAACUGCGUAAGGAGCGGGCCCUGAUCAAGGAGAAGGAGGACAAGGAACGGGGCGAAGAGGAAAGGCCAGCCAAGGAUGCCAAGGCGGGGACUCUCCUCGAACGCAGUAAGACCUUCAUCGUCACGCGGCGCUGGGGUGGCUGUCCUAACGGGUGUAACCAUAAGAGCCACUACCAGAGGCGUGACGACCUGGAAGUUCUCCGCCAGACGGAUGAGAUCACCUCCAACGGGACAACAGGCACCAUUCACUCCUCCCGGCGACAGUCGCCUGCCCCCCGGAGACCGAUCAAGCGGUGCGAGCAGGGCUACACAUCGGACGAAGGAACCGACGGAGACAGCCGGCCACCGCAGAUUGACGUCACCCGAGCCCGGCAGGAGAUCGUCUCGUCGCCUGACGGCACGCCAUCCUUCAUCUCCGCCGAGGACCGCCUGCGGAGUAUGAUCUCGCCACAUCUCCAUGUCGGUCGCGAUUUUGGAGGUACAUACUCCGGCCGUACGUCGAUCGCUGGUAGCGAUACGGACUCGUCGGAGGAGGACGGUCACCGGCCUGAGAUCACCACCGUCACCAAAAUCAGGGUCAUCUCCAAUGUGGAGACUAUUGAAGAGACGAAUAGUAGCAUCAACAGUCUCGUAAGUCCGGCCACCGGGAUUGCGACGCCGACCACGGAGGACGAGCAGCCCGACAAGAGCGAUCGCAAUGGGAUACGAAAUGGCGCGCGGGCCAACCGUCUUGGUGACACCCACAGUAGCGAUCUGGGCUCUGAGGCAGACGAAGACGACCUUGCUCAAGCCGAAAAGGAGGAUAGGAGUAUUCAAGGAAGCGUUUAUUGA